AAAGUCAAAUCAAAUCUGUCUUCUCGACAAACACUUUUACUGGGUCGUGUGAUACGAGUCGACCUUUAAGCCUGAGUCGAGAUGUCAAAGCAAAACGCUGAGAAAGACCAAGAGCAGUGCCUGCGUUGCUUGCACUGCAUGAAAGUGAUCCGAUGUUCCCGUUUUAAUACCGGUGCACUACUGCGUCACAUCGAAGAGGAGCAUCCGGAUUUACUCGCGGCGGCUAGUACCAAGAUUAGAAAUACUUACAAACUCACCUCGGAUCGGAGCAGCGGCGAAAGCCUGUCGCAUAUCAGAAAGCUAUCGAGUCUAUCCGAUAUCGAACUUAAUGCAGCAGAUUCCGAUCGAUGUAAGAACAAAAGGAGGAUCUCUAGCGAUAACCUGGCCAAAAAAUCAUCGACUGCCAAGUGCAAUGUGGAUUAUUCAUGUCCAGCCUCUAAGGAUUAUCCAUGCUCAAAAGCCAAGAACACUUCAUGUCCCAUUCCGAAGACCGAUAAACCAUCAUUUCCGUGUCCGCAGGACGACAUGGAGGCCUUUCGAAAGAUGGCCUAUAAAUCCUCCGUUAGGCGAUGGUCUGCCGUUGACGGCAGUCUUUUUUGCCCCUCUUGCGGUUAUAAGAAGCGUCCAGUAAUCAAAUGCGACUCGGAUUUGAAUUCCGGAUGGUGCUCAUGGCCCUUUUGCUUUCUGCCUUGCCUAAUAUCCUCGGAUAAUGGAGAGUACCUAUACUGCUGCCACUGCAACACCUUUUUAGGCGUCUACAAUCGCGAGAAAAAUAGUGUUAAGCCCAACAAGCAGUAUGCCUAAAAUCACAAUUUUAAAAAGAGGUUUUAUCGCGAGUAUUUCCCAUUUCGCAGUCUUUCAAAAUUGUUUGUUUACAUUUGCGUUUCAACACAAUCACAAUCCCCAGACAAGACUCUUUGAAUAUAAAUUCGACAACCAUUGGCAUUACAAAACACCAUCUCAUCGCUCUAUAUAUUUAUUUUAAAAAUUGAUGUUCGCAUGCCCAAAAUAAAUACACUAAAAGAAGA